AUCGAGUCCAUCAACCAUCACAACUACCAUGUCUCAACUAUCCGACUACCGUCUUCUCAGCUUCGACGUCUACGGCACUCUCGUCGACUGGGAAGGGGGCAUCCUCGCCGCCUUCCAACCAACCCUCAACAAAGCCACCACCCAGUUCACCCGCGAGCACCUCCUGACCAUAUACCACGAGCUCGAGCGCGAUCAACAGGAAAAAACCCCCGAGAUGCCGUACUCCCAGCUCCUCACCACGAUCCAUCCCCUCUGGGCCAAGCGUCUCAAUCUACCCCCUCCCACGGAAGGAGAAAGUCUCGCCUUCGGCGACUCAAUUGGCAAAUGGCCCGCCUUCCCCGACACCGUCGACGCCCUGAAACGCCUCUCCCAGCACUACAAGCUCGUGGUCCUCUCCAACGUCGACCGGGCCUCAUUCGCCAAAACCAACGCGGGCAGUCUCCAAGGAUUCCCGUUUAAUCUGAUCAUCACGGCCCAGGACGUGGGGUCGUAUAAGCCGGAUCUGCGCAACUUUGAGUACAUGCUUAACACGGUCAAGGAUAAGUUUGAUGUCGAUCCGGAGCAGGUGCUGCAGACGGCGCAGAGCCAGUUUCAUGAUCAUCAUCCGGCGCGGAGGGUGGGGUUGAAGUCCGUGUGGAUUGAGAGACCCGGGGCGACGAUGGGGAAUUUGGCGGAGAGGGUUUAUGAUUGGCGGUUUGAGACGUUGGGGGGGAUGGCGGAUGCGGUGGAGGGGGUGAAUUGAUUAUUAUCCCAUACUUAUAAUUAAUGGCUGACGAGGGAUGGAGAGAUGUAACGAAGUCGUCACAUAUCUUUGAAAUAUACAAG